AUGAAUCCUGAGACUACACACGCUACUUCACUGUUGCCGUUUUCAUCUGUCGCCGUCGCCGUCGCCGUCGCCGUCGCCGUCGCCGUCGUCAUCGUCUCUACCUCCGGUGAUGAAAGACCGAAGAUAUGGAAACUGGGCGGAUCUACCCCGGAGAUAAUAUCAUCGAUUUUGGUCCGGCUUGACACGAUUGAGAUACUGGAAAACGCACAGAGAGUGUGCAGAUCGUGGCGUGGCGUCUGUAAAGAAGCUUCGAUGUGGCGGAAAAUUGAAAUGUGCAAGCUCGUAAACUUGAGAAGACUGGGUUAUGGCGCCGAGAUCAUGUGUCGUCACGCAGUUGAUCGCAGCCAAGGCGGCUUGCUCGAGAUCGACAUUUGGCACUUCGGUACUGAUGAGCUUCUCAGUUACAUCGCCGAUAGGUCGAGUAAUCUGAGAAGCCUUAAACUUGUAAUGUGCAAUGGAAUAACAAACAAAGGAUUGGUGGAAGCAGUUGUGAAACUUCCAUUGCUCGAAUACCUCGAAGUUUCAGACAGUGUAUCGUCACUGGAAGUUGCAGGCCAGUCUUUUCCAAAUCUGAAGACAUUGAAGCUAAACGACAGCUGUGAAAACAGGUUCGAAGAUGAUGACGAUGCCAUGGCAAUCGCUGAAAGCAUGCCUGAACUACGAUAUCUCCAGCUUCGUGGGAAUGCACUAACCGACAAGGGCUUGAACGCCAUUCUUGACGGUUGUCUUCACCUGAAACGCCUUGAUCUACGCCGCUGUUUCGACGUUCACCUUGACGGGGAUCUGAAGAAACGAUGUUAUGAGAGGAUCGAAGAUUUGAGACACCCUGAUGACGAUCUCGCUGAUUGCUAUGAUCUUUCCGGUCAUUUAUUUUAUUAUUUGGAGAAGAAGAAGAAGUAG